AUGCCAACAGAUGGGAAUGCAAAAGAAGCUGCCCUCCAGGUCAUCGUUCUGUGCCCCUUUACUUGCUCGAGGAUCAUCCAACUCUUCACAGCACGGACUAACAGCGACCAGGGUUCCGGUGGUGGACCUAUCGAGUCAAAUACGACAUCCUUCCUAGUUCGCUCCGUGUCGCAAGACUGGCGCAAGGGCUCGGUCAUUGGCGUCGACGCAGGCGUGCACCUUUCCGUCAUUGUUCGCAUCCUCAGGGAAACCCUGCCUUCGCCUCUGCCAUCAUCACCGUACACCGUUACAAAAGGCCCCUUUGCCGGUCUCUCGCUGCCGUACAAAACGCCCGAAGCCAAUGCGGGGUACAUCACCAGCUCACUCGUCGAGGCCUAUCUCAUCACCCAUCCCCAUCUCGACCACAUUGCCGGCUUUGUUGUGAACACGGCUGGGCCCCCAGGCGCACGACCCAAGAAGCUCGCUGGACUGCCAAGCACCAUCAAUGCUUUCAAAACUCACAUCUUCAACAAUGUCAUCUGGCCGAACCUUAGCGACGAAAGCAACGGGGCUGGGCUGGUCACGUACUUGCGACUGGUGGAGGGGGGAUCGCCUGCGUUAGGGGAUGGCGAAGGCAAGGGGUACUCUGAAAUCUGCGACGGUCUGCUCGUCAAGAUAUGGGGCGUGAGCCACGGGCAUUGCAUGGAGAAGCAUAGUCACCGUGGUUCGGUGUCGAGUGCCUCGGGUCACGAAACCGCGACAUUUGCAACACCACGGAGAGAAACGCGCGGCUCGCAUGCGACACAGAGACGACAAAGCCUGCUCAGCCACUCAAGCUUUGGUGGUGGCUCCCCUGGUGUCGAAUCUGAGCAGUACUGCGUGUAUGACUCCAGCGCAUACUUCAUCCAAGACGAGGCGCGACGGCGAGAGGUCCUGAUAUUUGGCGAUGUCGAGCCGGACAGCAUCUCUCUGUCGCCGAGGAAUCUGCACAUAUGGCAGGAGGCUGCACCCAGGAUCGUGUCGGGCAGCCUGGCGGCGAUCUUUAUUGAGUGCAGCUACGAUGACAGCCGAAGCAAUGACCGCCUGUUUGGCCAUCUCAAGCCCGUCUUCGUGAUGGAGGAGCUCCGAGUGCUGGCUGCCGAGGUAGCGGCGGCGAGGAGAACGCAACACAUCCAGCAAGAGCCUAGCAAGAAGCGCAAACGUAUGGGCCACGAAGGGCCCGUGUCUCGCCUUGUGCCCAGACAUGCUUCAGGCGGCGAGUCGACUUCGCCAAAGUCUUCGAGUGAGUUGGGAGGCAGCAGUGAGCAGCGGAGCAGCAGCAGGAGACGGAGAUUGGAACACACUGAGCAGCCUGAGCUGGUGCAUCCACUUGCAGCGCAAGAUGGCAUCAUGUGUCCGCCUUGUUCCGCCCCUGAGUCGAAGAGGCUGUUGGUAGGGCUCAAGGUCAUCAUCAUUCACGUGAAGGAGAAGAUGAUAGACGAGCCUGACGUCGGUGAGACGAUACUCGAAGAGCUUCUAGCACACGAGAAGGAGAUGCAACUGGGCUGCGAGUUCCACAUUGCGAAAUCGGGUCAAAGCUUCUAUUUCUGA